UCCCCCCACCUCCGCCCGCCCUCCCCUCUCUUCCACUCUCUCCCCCCAUACCCAAUUUAUUUUUCCACCUUCGCCCACCUCAUCCACCUCCCCCCUUACCCCUCGCUGCCGCCGCCACCUCAGCUCCCCGCUCCCCUGCCGGCCGCGUCGUACGUCGAGCACCAGAAGGAGACGGCCACCUCAGCUCCCCGCUCCCCUGCCUGCAGGCCACCUCAGCUCCCCGCUCCCCUGCCUGCCGCCGCCGUCACGAUCAGGAACGACGUCAAUGUCAAGAAGGAGACGGUUCGGAUCGAGGAGGAUGAGGAGAAUCCCGGUAGUUUCCUCGUCGUGCUCAUCAUCGUCUCUGCAAUUGGAAGGAGGAAUUCCAUUGGAAUGAAAGAUUGAGAAAAAUAUGGAAAGGAAAUCUGGCUGGAGAUUACGGAAGUGAGAGAAAGAGAGAAUUUUAAUUAAUAGAUUUUUGUAACUGCC